CAAAGUCCAGGGCAAGUGAAGAGUUCGCUCCAGCUGCGAGCCUGACUUCUGCAAGUCCAUCGAGAGACGGCGCAGCGAAAGCGGUCGUGGAAACCCUCCGAACAUCACUCAGGUUCGAGAAGCGAGCAGCUCUUCGUUGCGCCUGGCUGCGAUCUUUUGCCGGUGCGAUUUUGGGUAUUACGUUCGUACUGUUGCGGGUGAUGGGACCGAGCUGGGGUGGAGUCGUGAGCAAUGACGUGUUAAGUGCUGGUAGUCGUUUGUUGAUUGAGGAGAAGCUCAACAGUUGGGCUGAUGGCUGGUAAAGCUGCCCAAUCUGUGGUGAAGACCAUUGCAGAGUACCAAUACCCGUGGCGGGAGAAGUUGGUGAAAUACAGGAGCGAGCUGUCCAAGGGCGUGUGGGGGUAUUGGGAGUUGGGAGCAUGGAAGCCACUGGGAAUCAGCGCACGUCGCCGAGCUAGGCUACGCAAGGAAGUCCUACUUGCAGGUGAAGAUUGGCCAUAUGACCCUGAGAGGAAAGAGAUGAGAACCAAGAGGAAAGGGCACAAGUGCGACAGGAUAGCCGCCGAGAAACGGGAGAACACCGCAAGACUGAUGGAGAAAAUGCCGGAUUUGUUGCAGGCCUACAAGAAGCGGAGAUGGGAGAAGAAGAUGAAGGAAGAAGACAAGAAAUAGUCACAAUUUCGUUCAGUCUUCUCGCUUCCCGGCUAUUGUGAUGUUAGCUGUAUGGUAAAAAUCUUUGGUGAUAAUAAUCCUUGCUCACUCGGAUCCAAUUUUGGCCUUUUAUCUUGUGUUUUCAGAUUUAUAGAUCAAAUUAACUGAAUGGAUUAGGCGUAGGCUUCUUGUCA